AUGUCAAGAAAUAACCAUCAACAUGAAGAAAGUGAACGAAAUCCAACAACGAGAUUACCAUCACCAAUACGCCGAGCUGUGUCUAAUUAUGUGAAAUGUGGAUUGACAGAGAAUCAAAUUAGAAAAUCAAUAGUUAUUAAUUAUUUACAAACUUCAAUUAAUGAAGCUAAAUUACAUAAUAUAAUUAUAUAUGAACGAAGGAAAGAUAAACCAGAAAUAUUUUCGGCUUAUGAUUUAUGA